UCCAGCCACAUGGUACUGAAUAAUUAUUGUGGGCGUUGUCUCAAGAUCAUGAAGAUGAAGGAACUGGUUGCUCAACUGUUUGACAUUGGGGCUAUCAAGUUUGGUCAAUUCACCCUCAAAUCAGGGAUCCAAUCUCCAGUAUACUUUGAUCUGAGGCUCAUUGUCUCUUAUCCACCUUUGCUGGCUCAAGUUAGUGAUGUUCUGUGGUCUGCUGUUUCUGAGAAAGUGGCCCAAUUCCAGUCAAUAUGUGGUGUACCUUACACUGCACUACCCAUAGCAACUCUAAUGUCAUCUAAGCACAAUCUACCAAUGCUGAUCCGUAGAAAGGAAGCCAAGAGUUAUGGUACCAAGCGACAAAUAGAGGGUAUAAUUGUGAAAGGGAGCAGUUGUCUUGUAGUGGAGGACGUUGUUACUAGUGGAGCGAGUGUGUUGGAAACAUGUGCUGAUCUGAAGCGGGUUGGGUUAAAGGUCGCUCACGUGGUAGUGCUAUUGGACAGGGAGCAGGGUGGCCGAGGGAACGUGGAGAGAGAGGGGGUAGUACUGCAUAGCGUUCUCACCAUGUCUCAAUUGAUGCAGUACUUAUUGGAGACUGGCAAGGUCACUAGCGAAACAGUUGACAUGGUGAAAGCAUUUAUAAGGGAGAACAGUCAAGUCAAGAUUGUUGAGAAGUGUAAUCCUACUAUUAUGUCAUAUACGGAGCGUUCCCAACUUGCUGCUAAUCCCAUUGCAAAGAAACUGCUCUCACUAAUGGACUCUAAGGAGACUAACCUAGCUUUCUCGGCAGAUGUGAAGACGUCACAUGAGUUAGUCAAACUUGCAGAUGCUGUUGGACCCCACAUAUGUAUACUGAAAACACAUGCUGACAUUAUGAGUGAUUUCUCUAGGGACACAGCAGAUCAAUUGAAAGCUCUGGCAGAAAAACAUAACUUUGUUAUAAUGGAAGACAGGAAGUUUGCAGACAUUGGUAACACAGUCCAGAUGCAGUACACCCAGGAGCAGUACUGUCUGACGUCUGGGUGGGCACCAUUGGUUACCUGUCAUCCUCUGCCAGGCCCUGGGGUCAUUGACGGACUGAUGAGUGUGGCACCUCCUGGAAGUGGGUGUGUGCUUGUGGCGGAAAUGAGCUCAUCGGGGACCCUUGCUGUGGGGGAGUACACUAAAGGUGCUAUCUCUUUGGCUGAGUCCCGUCCCGAAAGUAUUGUGGGUGUGGUUUGUAGGAAUCGGCUGUCUACCUCACCAGGUCUUAUUCACAUGACACCAGGUGUUAGAGACAAAGCCAGUGGAGACUCUCUAGGACAACAGUAUAUAAGUGCUGAGACAGCUAUUGGGGAAAGGCACACUGACAUCAUCAUUGUUGGCAGAGGGAUCUACUCAGCCCAAGACCCUGUAUCAACAGCCAAAAUGUACAGAGAGAAAGCUUUUCAAGCCUACAAUCAAAGAUUGAAAGUGUAACAGAACUGAACAUAAACAGGACAUAAUGAAACGUGUACAAAAAGAUAUUCCUUAUCUAUUUCAUGACUAUGGAAUGUGUUCAUUGUUAUUAAACAUUUAUUGGUCUUGUG